AUUUUUCUCAUAUUUUAUAAUUUCUUUUUAAAUUUUGCUAUAAAAUAACAUAACUCUUUUGAAAAAGAAAGACAUAUUUUUACAAACUUAUAACUUAAAAACCAUGAAAAUAGGUUCCCCUCGUAUUUAAUUGAGUUAGUCCAUACGAGGCCCAGUUACAAAACCGAAGGUGUGUUUCAGACAUAAUUCUCUUCAUCCUUCCAAAGAGUCUUUUUUUCUUUAUUUUAUUUUAUUGAUUAUUGAUAAGCACAUCCUUCCAAAGUCGUAGCACAACUCCUUGGCUCUCUCUCCGUUACUCAAUCUCGCCUUUCUAUCGCCCCUUUCUCGCCCUAACUCAUCAGCUCUACCCUAGAUAAAUUAUCAACCUCGUUCACAACUCAUCGGGGACCGGAGAUCGGAGAUCGUAGAUUAGGAAUUCCUUUUCAAUCAUUGGCCGCCGGAUAAACAAUUACUGCACUCACAACAGAAUCACACCUAAAAAUACAAAUAAGCGCAAAGAAGCAGGAAAGUUUAAAUAAUGGUGGGGACUGUUGGGUUGUAUGAACCUGAUACGUACAUGGAAGCUCGGCCAACAUACCCACUUGAAUGGUAUUCAAAGCUGGCAGCUCUCACUCCUCACCACAACUUGGCUUGGGACGUUGGCACGGGCAAUGGCCAAGCUGCUAUUGGGGUGUCUGAGCACUACAAGCAAGUGAUUGCAACGGAUGUAAACAUGGCCCAGCUAGAGCGAGCUACUCCCCAUCCUCGAGUCCGAUACCUCCACACUCCUCAAACCAUGAAUGACAACGAAUUAGUGUCGUUGAUUGGGGGAGAAAACUCUGUGGAUCUAAUAACCGUUGCAACAGCAGUUCAUUGGUUCGACCUUUCACACUUCUAUUCUAUUGUUUCUCGGGUUUUGCGCAAGCCAGGAGGAGUGCUUGCUGUUUGGUGCUACUUUGACAUGGCUGUGAGCCCCGAAUUCGACUCCCUCUUCAAAAAAUUUCACGACUCAUUGCUGCCGUUUUGGCCCAAGGAAGUCAGAGACUACGUGCAUGAGGGUUACAAAACGUUGCCGUUUCCAUUUGAGAGUGUUGGGUUAGGUUCUGAGGGGAAUCCACUGCCCUUGGAGAUACAUAAACAACUUUCUUUGAAUGGAAUUUUGAAGCUGUUCAGGUCUUUCUCUCCUGUCAAUGUGGCUAAGAGCCAGGGUCUGGAUUUGUUAUCCCCAGAGGUGGUUAAAGGCUUUGAGAAUGCUUGGGAUGGACCUCUUACUUCGGUCAGGGAUGUUACCUACAAAGCUUUUAUGCUAGCUGGAAAGGUUAGGUCUUAAUUAGUCUUGUGCUUUUUAUUUCUACUGAAUAAGUUGUAAGAAUUUUAUUAAUCUUGUGUAUAAACAUUAGUAAUCAAAGCUUUUAUAUUUUUAAUAUUAUAAAAAUUUAUAAAUAA